AUGGUUGAUGAUAUACGUUGUGAAGAGAAAUUUACGACGAAAAAUCAGUGGCACGUAAUUUCUGGAAUUCCAGAAUUCCAGAAUUUAGACAUUCGUGGAAUGGGGAAUAAUGAGAAUUCUGGGGAUAAAUAUAAUUCAAGGAAUUCCAUUGAUGAAGACAUCCUGAAUAAAUUUAAUACUGCUGAAGAUGAAUCAACUUAA